AUGGCUGGAAUUCUAGAAAAAACCAACAGAGUUAUAGAGAAUCAAAAGUAUUUUCAAGCUCACGUUAAUCAGCCUCUUUGGCUUCGCGGAAGUCCUGCUAGAAGGGCUUUUGUAUCCUUAUACUUUGUUACUAUUGGAAUUGGUUUGACAGGCUCUGUAUUUUUGAUGUUCUCCAAAUUGAUUCCGUGGCGAUUUGGAACUUUAGCAAAAAUUAAUGAAGUUUCUUCUAGAAUGAAUAUUCAGGGUGAAACAUCGUAUUAG